AAAAAUAUAUUCUAAAAAAAAAAGAGAGAGAGAAAUAAUCAAAUUUCUAUAUUUUUUUAAUUUGUAGGACUUACACAUGUAAAUCCAAAUGCACUAUGUUGUGGUGAACUGGGAUGUUUGGAUCCCGCCCCCCCUUUAAUGCAUUCACCUAGUUCUGUUGAUGGAGUGGCUGGCCGCCUUAUGUCCCAGGGAGCACUCGUGCAUGUUACCCUUUUAGUUAUGCAGUCAUAGUUUAGUUAUGCGGUCAUAGGUCAAAGUCUUGCCUGAGUCCCUGAUUGCACUCACACACAAAAUACGAUUUCCUUAACCAUUACGGGGCAAUAAGCAUACCCAGUAAUCUCUCCCCCUCUUUCCCUCUCUCUCUCUGUCGAGCUACACAUGUUACUCCUGAGAUACCUGCAAUCGUGACCCCUUCUGCUCUCCAGACCUGCCCAAUCUGUCCUGAUGCCCUACUUAUGGUUGGAGUUCUCAUCAAUUUGGAAGUCACAUGCUGCUGCUGAGGAUGAAAGAUCACUGAGAUUACUGAGGAUGGUAACUAACAUCACCUUUCCACCACCAUGCUUGACAAAUGGCAUCAAGCACUCUUCUGGGUCACAUGGUGUCAGAUCGGCUGGGCCUGGGUUAUCACCUGGACCUCUCAGACACCAUGGUGCAGCAGAAGCUGGACGAGAUCCGCGAGCAGAUCAAGCGCGAGAUCCGAAAAGAGCUGAAGAUCAAGGAGGGAGCGGAGAACCUGCGGCGUGUCACCACGGACAAGAAGAGGCUGGCCUAUGUGGACACCAUGCUGAAGAAGAGCAACAAGAAGGUGGAGGAGCUGCACCAGGAGCUGCAGGAGCUCAAUGCUCACAUCGUGGUCAAGGAUCCAGAAGAGCUCCUGUUAGAAUGCCCUCUGACUCCGGACACGCCGAACAGUGAGAGCCGCCUGGCAGCACUGAAGAAACAGAUCCACAUCGAGCUCAAAGUGAAACAGGGAGCAGAGAACAUGAUCCAGAUGUACUCCAACGGCUCGUCCAAGGAUCGGAAGCUCCUGGCCGCUGCGCAGCAGAUGCUUCAGGACAGUAAGAUGAAGAUCGAGUUCAUCAGGAUGCAGAUUCUGAAAGCCAGCCAGAGUCACGAGCUCAGCUUCGACACUCAGCACCUCAUCGAGAAACCCAUUAUCAGCCCUCUGGACCUGCGGGUGGAGGAACUCUGUCAUCACGCUCGCAUCGAGCACGCUGUGGCCGAGGGAGCGAAGAACGUCAUGAAGCUACUCGGCUCAGGCAAACUGGCUGAGAAAAAGACUCACUCAGAGGCUCAGGCUCGCUUUAACGAGUCCAGUCAGAAGUUGGACCUGCUGAAGUUGUCGUUAGAGCAGCGUCUGAGUGAACUGCCCCCCCAGCAUCCCAAGAGCAGUGUGAUCAUGGAGGAGCUGGUGUUCAUGAGCUCGGCCGCUCUGAGCCCCAGACACAGCCUCGUCUCCACACACACACCGUCGCCGUACAGCACGCUGGCCAAACCCGCUGCUCUCACCGGAACAUUAGAUGUGCGGCUGAUGGGAUGUCAGGAUCUGCUGGAGAACGUUCCGGGUCGCUCGAAGGCUGUGACAGCGUCUCUGCCCAGCUGGAGCCCCAGCGACACGCGGUCGUCCUUCAUGAGCCGCCACAGUCGCAGCCGCAGCCUCUCCAAAACCGACGAGCUCUCCAAUGAGAUCAGCGCUGUGUUGAAGCUCGAUAACACCGUAGUGGGACAGACGAGCUGGAAACCCGUCAGUAAUCAGUCGUGGGAUCAGAAGUUUACGCUCGAGCUCGAUCGGUCUCGUGAGCUGGAGAUCUCGGUGUACUGGAGGGACUGGCGUUCUCUCUGCGCUGUGAAGUUCCUCAGGCUCGAGGACUUCCUGGAUAACCAGCGUCACGGGAUGUGUCUGUACCUGGAGCCGCAGGGGACGCUGUUCGCCGAGGUGACCUUCUUUAACCCCGUGAUCGAGAGGAGAACAAAACUGCGGAGGCAGAAGAAGAUUUUCUCGAAGCAGCAAGGGAAGACAUUCGUCAGGGCUCCGCAGAUGAACAUGAACAUGGCGACGUGGGGGCGACUGCGCAGAGCGAUUCCUUCCAUCAGCAACUCCUUCAGCCCACAGAGCGGCGCGGAGCAGGGGACGGAACCGGGGCGUAGGGUUCAUCCACACACACACGCUCCGACCAGUGACUCGCCGGUGACUAAGCUGGACUUCGAUAAAGACGCCACGUCCGGCUCUAAGCGUUACUCGCUGGGCCGGAUCAGAGAAACGCUACAGGAUGAGAAGAUCCACAAAGAAGAAGUGCAGGACGCACUGAGAUCAUUCGACUUCCUGAACAACAGGAACAGCGUAGUGGGAACGUCAGAACUCAAACACACCACGGAGGAUGAUCUACAGAUCGAAACGCCGCGGCUGGAGCUGAUCGCUGUACGGAAGCGCGGGGAGAUCAGGGAUGAGGAAGAGGAUGAGGAGGAGGAGGAGCAGUUCCACUUCAGUCUCAGAAACUUUAAAUGUAUCGCAGUGUUAGGACGCGGCCAUUUUGGAAAGGUUUUAUUAGCCGAGUACAGCAUCACGGGAGAAAUGUUCGCCAUCAAGGCCCUAAAGAAAGGAGACAUCGUGGCUCGCGACGAGGUUGACAGCCUGAUGUGUGAGAAGAGGAUCUUCGAGACGGUGAACAGCGUUCGGCACCCGUUCCUCGUCAACCUAUUCGCCUGUUUCCAGACCAAAGAGCACGUGUGCUUCGUGAUGGAGUACGCCGCAGGAGGAGACCUCAUGAUGCACAUCCACGCCGAUGUCUUCUCAGAACCGCGUGCCAUGUUUUACGCAGCCUGCGUCGUCUUGGGGUUACAGUUUUUACACGAGCACAGGAUUGUGUACAGAGAUCUGAAGCUGGAUAAUUUACUGCUGGACACGGAGGGUUACGUGAAAAUCGCAGACUUCGGCCUGUGUAAAGAAGGAAUGGGCUUCCAGGAUCGGACGAGUACGUUCUGUGGUACACCGGAGUUCCUGGCCCCCGAGGUGCUAACGGAGACAUCAUACACCCGCGCUGUGGACUGGUGGGGGCUCGGAGUGCUCAUCUUCGAGAUGCUGGUCGGCGAGUCUCCGUUUCCCGGCGAUGACGAAGAGGAGGUGUUUGACAGCAUCGUGAACGACGAGGUGCGCUACCCGAGGUUCCUCUCCACUGAGGCCAUCUCCAUCAUGAGGAGGCUGUUGAGGAGGAAUCCCGAGCGACGUCUGGGGGGAGGUGAGUGCGACGCCGAGGAAGUCAAGAAGCAUCUGUUCUUCCGAAACAUCGACUGGAAUGGGCUCCUGGCGAAGAAAAUGAAGCCGCCGUUCGUGCCGACGAUCCACGGCGCCAGCGACGUGAGCAACUUCGAUGACGAGUUCACGUCGGAGGCACCGGUGCUCACGCCUCCCCGAGAGCCACGCCCACUGAGCCGGGACGAGCAGGAGAUGUUCGCUGACUUCGACUACAUCGCUGAUUGGUGUUAGCAACCGCGCAAACACACACACACACACUAGCACACACACACCUGGUCCUCAUUAACCACUGUGAACACGGCUCUGCUUCCACUUCCUGUUCCACAUUCGCACCCAGGACGCUUUUACUCAAACUAGAACCUUCUAACCGAGGAGCAGCGUGGAGCAGGCUUUCAAGAAACUCUCUCUCUUUAAGAAGAAGGACAAGUGCGAUCGAUCCUCCAGGGCACAAGUCCCGCCUACCUACACAGCCUCUUCCUGAAGGGAAGGAAACACUGAGAUUUUAAUGUUUCCAUGUUAACAAUAAUGAAUAUUGUGAUAAAUGUGCAACUGCUUUACAGGAGUGUAUUUACCACUACAGGCUCCGCCACCUCGUCCUUAACGGACACAACCGUCUUGCUACACGCGUCCUGAUUUCGCUAAAAGACGCGACGGGUCAACUAGGUGCCUUGUGUUAGAUUUCAUCAAAACUCUCAAAGUUGAUUUAUACAACACAAUCACAAUAGUUUACGUCACGUUCACAAAUCCAGCUUGUGUUUAUAAUAACACAAAAUAAAUUCAAAGCUUAAGUUACCCAGCUAAAAUGUCACGUUAUCUUAAAGUUACGCUAGCGUACUAGUGAAUUCAGUUAUAAAUCAAUUCUAUAAAAAUUUCGCCAAACGUUGACUACCUUCAUAGUGAAUUUCUUGUAUAACAGUAAUGUUAACGUUAGCUACCUUCCUUUAGAGCUUUUGACUUGUGGUCAAAAUAAUUUAUGCAACAUUACUUCAGUAGGUCACUAAGUUAGCUAGCUUGCUAACACAUUGCUAAUAGAUUUAAUAAAAAAAAUUAUGUACCUGUUUUAAUAGUUAGCCCAAUGUCAGUUUGCUUGUUUGCAAGUCUAGUUUUAAUUCCAUGAUCAAUUUUGUUUAAAUUACGUACAAAAUAGUUGUAUGACCAUAAUGUAUACAGUAGUUAUUUCCUAGUGCACUAAAUAAGAAUAAUUUCAUCAAUAUCUGAAAGAUGUAACCAGGCAAACUUGGAGAAUUUAUAAUGCACCCAAGCCAAUACAGCAGCAUGCUAGCUAGUAAAUUUAGCUAGCUACUGCUGAAACAUUAAAGUUGCACAUUAGCUAGCUUAGCUAAAUGUUGUGUAAUUAAGACACAACACAAUUAUUUUAUGCUAGCAGACCGAAAUUAGCGCACCCUUGCUUUUUGUUGACGCAGAAACGCCAGUCGCUUAGCGAAAUCAGGACGUAGAUAACGGAUACGGCGAUCCCGCUCUGAAAUCACGGACAAAACUCUCCGCUGUGGGUUAAUUCUCCGCAGCAUGAAGUGGUCAGUUUGUUCCGGUUGGUAGAGUGUGAGGAUUAGUGGAGGAUAUUGUGUUUGAGAAGCUGUUGGCUAAUGUAACGUUGUAAGCAAAUACAGAAAACUUUAUAGCGUUUUUGGAUGAUUAUUAUUAUAAUACUGUGAAUGUACACCAAGUCAGCUAGAAUGAUCAUGAAUUUUUUUUUUUUUUUGGGGGGGGGGGGGGGGGGGGGGGGUCCCAUCAACAUAUUGUACAGAUCAACAGAUUGUCAAUAAACUUGUACUUUCAUGAAAUUCCUGAAACUUUUUGAACGCUGAAGAACAAAUUACGAUGUAAUGACGUGAAAACAGACUGUGUUAAAGGUCUCCAGGAGAUUGUAGUGCCACUUUCUAGACCAUUUAUUUCCAUGGUCCACAUGUAUAUGGAAAUUUUUUUAAAUCAACCCCCACCCCCAAAAAUGAUGUUUUAGCCUCCAGUCCACAUAAUCAGUUCUUGUGUAGAACCACCUUCUGUACCGUAUAUCUUAACAUUGUCAAACCUUUGAUGUAACCUUUUACUGAACACUAUCGCCACCUACUGGGCCAACAGGCGUUCAAUCCAUAUUGCUUGUGAACAAACAUUUAAAAAAAAAAAAAAACCCAGUGUUUUCAAAAGCAUGGAUGUAAAUGAAGAUUUUUCCUAAGAAAGCACUGUUCCUGUGCAUGGAGAAGGUUUCAAAAAUGGCCUUCAGGUGGACAUAGAUGUUUCUUUAAAAAAAUGUAAAAGUGUAGACGAAGGGUAGAAAUGAUACAUAUACUGUGGAAUGGGUCUUGGAUGUAAAUCCAAAAACUCUGCCAUGCGUUUUAUUAUAAUAAUAAUUCACCAGACACUUGCCUUGCUUUUCUGAAAAGCAUUUAUUGUUUUAAAUUACUAAAUACAAUGCAAACACACUAAACAAAAUAACUCGCUCGUUUCCUACAAAAGAAAAUGUUUACAGUAUGAAACCGGCUUAGUUGCGUCCAAUUAAAUUCUCACGUGAUUUAUGUACAGAAAUAUAUACACACAAACGAAAUGCGGUUCAGUAGGGUCUGAGCUCGGUUAGCGUUAAACCGUGGAAUGUGUCUCCUGUAUGCGCUGUGGGUUAAAUCUCAGAAAUCGUCACACCGGGGUGAAGAGCAAAACCUUCUCAAUCAAAUACAAAAGAAAACCAGAAUAGAAAGAACAGAGUGUGUGUGUGUGUGUGUGUGUGUGUGUGUGUGUGUUUUUUUCACAGCUGAGGCAGUUUAUCCACUGGUGUGUCGAACUUGAAGUCUGGAGGGAAGAGAUCAGCAGCACGUGGGUAGAUGAGACGGUACGACUGGCGGAUGGUGA